CGAACUAUCGAUAGUCGUACAGCACGUGUACGAAACUGGAAGAAAUAUUGUUUGAAUUGUAGUUAAUUUUUUUUUGUUUUAUCAACUAGAAUUUUCAAUCAUGGUUAGCUCAGAUCCGAAACGAUCUGCCAAUAAUGUAGCCGGUAGAAAGGAUGGCAAACCGCUUGCCAAAUCUAAGAAACCGAUAGCCAAAUCAUUCGGAAAACAUCCAGGAGGAGCUGGUGGUCGCCCGGGAGGAGCAGCCGGAGGCCGCCAAGGAGGAGCACUCAAUCCAGGAUUUCGAACGACCAACAAGUUCAAGGGAAAACCAAGCCAGGCUGGACCUCCAACGCCACAGCCUGGGGAAAAGCAAGAUUGGGCAAAAUUCAAGCAGGAGAAAAAAGAUCUUAAACUGAAGCGCAAGAGUUCCCGUGACACCUACGAAGUUAGCAAACAGAUUAUGCAAAUCUAUGAGAAGCUCAGAUGCCGCCGCACCGAGAACAAGGAUAAAUUGGUCGAAGAAAUCUAUAAAAUUCUAGAUGUGGGCGAUACAAUUUCCAAAGUAGUCAAAGCUCAUGACACUGCCCGUGUGCUGCAGUGUAUGUUGAAAUAUGCAUCGCCCUCGUUGCGUAGCCAAAUCUCUGAGAAACUGCUACCCCAUGCCGUUGAAAUGUGCCAGUCGAAGUAUGCCCAGUUCUGUGUGAAACGCAUGCUGAAAUAUGGUUCACCAGCAACCAAAUCUAAGCUAGCAGAUAGCCUAAUGGGUCACAUAGUUCGCUUGGCUGGACACAAUAUAGCCAGUGGCUUGCUGGAUAGUCUUUAUUUGGGUGGUAGUCCGCUUCAAAAGGCUUAUAUGCGACAGGAGUUCUAUGGCGAUCUAUAUAGAAAGGCCAAGGAUGGCAAAGUCAAGUGCCUCGAGGAUACUUAUAAGGAUGCCGCCAAUAUGAAAGCAUCAAUUUUGGGCUCUGUCAAAGCCAAUUUAGAUCAUGUGGCUAAUAAACAACUGGUCGAUAGCUCUCUGGUCCAUGCCGUCAUGUUGGAAUAUCUGCGAGCCUCUGAAGACAAUGAUGAAAAAUUAGAGGAAACUGUGACGGCUUUUGCCGCCCUGGUGCCUCACAUGUUGUCCACCAAAGAGGGCAGCGAGGCGGCUGUUAUCUGUUUCUACAAAUCAACACCGAAAAAUCGUCGAGCCAUUAUUAAAAACAUAAAGGAGCAUCUGUUGAAGAUAGCAACUCAUGAGCAUGGUCAUGUCUUUCUCAUUUCGCUGCUCAAUUCACUGGACGACACAAAGGCCACUAAGAAAGCCAUUUAUGAUCAUUUGCAUAACGAUCUGAAGAGCCUGGUGGCCAAUCAAUACGGUCGUCGUGUCAUUCAAUGGUUGGUAGCUCCCGGUGAUACGUCCUGUUUCCAUCCCGGUUUCAUUAAAACCAUUGAAGAGGGUCUGGCCUUCGGCAAAAAAGAGAAAGACGCUCGUCGCAAGGAAAUUUUCGAGCAAAUUGAAGACCCCAUUGCAGAAGCCAUAGUGGCGGAUCCAUCAUUCUGGUUAUCCAACAGGCCCAUUGGUUUGGCUACAGCCGAUAUACUGAAUCACAUUAAAGGCGAAAGUUAUAAGAAGGCUGUUCAGGUUUUGGUUCAGGUGGUGGCCCAACCGGAUUGGGUUGUCUCUCAGGCUGAGGCUUUAGAGAAUCAAAAGCAGCAAAAAAAAAAGCCACACAAUGAUGUGGAGGCCAUCAUAGCUGAGGCAACCAAACAACGCAAAAAACUUCUACAGACAGAACCCAAUAGCAGUGAUGAUGACGAUGAUGAUGAUUCCGAUUCCAAUUCUGAUGCUGAGGAGGGGCAACCAAAGAAGAAGAAAUCAAAGCCAGCAACAGAGCAGACAAAAGAUGAGAGUGUACCCACUGUGCCUGGUAUAGAGGAUGCUGGCAUGCAUCAUGUUCUAAAAAAGAUUAUAAAGAACGACAAGGAUAAGCAGGAAACAACCGUUUCGUUUGCAGAAGAACUACUCCAGCAAUUAUCCAGCGAUGUGCUUCUGAAAUGGGUGGCUGUUAAUCGUGGUUGUUUUAUAUUAUUAAAUUUGGUUCAGGAUAAUACCAACUAUGCAGAAAUCUUACAAAAAUCUAUUAAAGCCGAUUCACAGCUAUUAAAAUUGCUAAAGAGUCAAACAACACAAGGAGGCAAAUUGUUGGCUGGCAAAUUAAAUUUAGUUUAAACGACUAAAAACAAAAUAUUGAUUUAGUGUUCUACAUAUAUAUAUAUAUAUAGUGAGAUGAUUAACAAAAAUAAACUUUGAUUUAAU